AUGUCCGAACAACACGGUCAAUCGAGGACUCCUUCUUCUCACGCGUUCUCCUUCCCCAAAUCCAACCCACUUCGCACGCGAAUUGAGAGUUCCACCUCCAACACGAUGUUGGCUAUUCGCGAUCAGGAGAAUUUGGUGAACACCCACCAUACCGCCGCUGCCGCCAAGCCAUUGAACCAAGGUCUCCGGCAACUAGGCCCCAAAACACCAGGCAAGAAAGUGUCUCUUAACGAUGAGAAUAAGCCUAUCGCAUUCGGAAAGCAGAAUGUCAAAGGGAACGGGAACAAAACUGGAAACGGAAAGCCUGGCAAAGAUGCAUUCGUCACGCCUAUGGACACCCGAAACCGUGCUCCACUGGGAAUGAAGACGACAAAUGCGAAAGCGAAAGGAUUGCAGACCCCCGCACCCUUCGGCGGCACCUUGAAACCCGAGAAAUCGGCUCGAAAGCCGUUAAGCACCCAGCGAAUCAAGAAGGCUGCCCCAGUGACUCAACAGGCUCCGACGAAGGUGUACACAGAGGCACCUCGAGAGGAUGUUCCGGACAUUGAAUACAUGCCUCCGAAGCCUAAUGAUCUUCCCGACUUUCCUGACGAUAUCACUUACAAUACAACAUUCCCACAAUUCCGUCCGAAGAACCGUGCUUUGGGCCUGGAAAGCGUUUAUGGAGGACAAGAAGUUGGCAGUGAUGGCCUUACACAAAAGCAGCGCAAGUUUCAGCAAGAUUCCGCCCAGUGUGAUAAGAUGGUGGAUGAUAUGAUUAUGAAGCAGCUGGAGAGCGUUGGUUUCAACGAAUCAAGCGAGGAUGAAGGCGAUAAAAUAAUGCCGUCGGUUUCGACUGGCUCCGAUACCCAACGAAAGGGACCCGCAAGCAACACCAGGUCUCGCAAUAUUUCGACCCUUCGGUCCCGCGAAGCUGCUGCAGCUCUUUCCGGCUCUAAAAGUACUACCGCGCCCGCUAGGCCAGUGGUCGCCCCAAAAUCUCGUCUUACACCCUCCGUUCUCAUGCCCAAGAAGAAGGCUCGCGUACCUACCAACCCCUCGUCCAUGCGAACCACCGCUGCUGCCGUCACCUCCAACACAACCGUCGGAUACACUAAGGGACGCAGCGUCUCAACAACUCUGCGAGAGAACAAGGCUCGCCCAAUGGCAACUUUGUCACCCGAGACCUACUUCCAACUUUACGGGCCACCUCCUUUGGGAUCGAAAAUGUGGGUGCGUUGUAAAGCGGCUGGCUGUUUCGAUAAUGAGGAGGAUAGCGAAGAUCUGCAAACAUUCGGAGAGGACGACGAGGCAGACGAUUUCCAGCUCACUCUGUAG